CACGAGUUCACCACCGACUGCUACAGCACCCCGGAGCACGGCUUCAGCACCGUCCGCUCCUGCAAGAUCGAGAGCGGGGCGUGAGUGGGGGGUCCCGGGGCACGGCCACCCCACGCUGCUGCGGGACCCCGGCUAGCAGGGGGGUUGGAGGAUGGAGGCCUCCAGAGCCUUUUGCUACCCGAGCUGCCUCCUGUGGGCAGCGCUGGGUGCAGCGAGCACAGCCCGGCUGCCAGCGGGGCGGUGGGCGCGCCGGGGGUCUCACCCCUCCCGCCCCGGCAGGUGGGCAGGCUUCGAGCACUGCGGCUUCCAGGGGCAGCAGUUCGUGCUGGAGCGCGGCGAGUACCCGUGCUGGGAGGCGUGGAGCGGCAGCAACGCCUACCACGUGGAGAGGAUGUGCUCCUUCCGCCCCAUCGCCUGCGCCGACCACGGACGGAGCAGGCUGAUGCUCUUUGAGGAGGAGAACUUCCAGGGCAAGCGGGCGGAGAUGAGCGACGACUGCCCCUCGCUGCCCGCCCUGGGCUGGGGCAGCAGCACCGUGGGCUCCUUCCUUGUCCGCUCCGGCGCGUGGGUCUGCUCGCAGUACCCGGGCUACCGGGGCUUUCAGUACCUCCUGGAGAGCGACAGCCCCGCGGGCGAGUACAAACACGUGCGGGAGUGGGGGUCCCACGCGCAGACGGGCCAGGUCCAGUCCAUCCGCAGGGUGCAGCAGUGAGCGCGGUGCCGUGUGAGCCGCGGGGACAAAGCUCAAUAAAGGCUCAGUUGUCCAAGGCGGCGCUGGCAGUUGGGGACAAGGGCCAUGGGGGUGCGUGGCCGGGAAUGGUGACACUGCCGGAGGCAGAGAGGGGCUCUGCAGCGGCAGGGAUGAGGCGGAGGGGAAUUUUUCUGCCCGGAGGUGCAGGGGUUCUGCAGGACCCCCACACCCCACCACCACACAGACACCAUCUGCUCCUCCAGCACCUGCCAGGGGCUGAAAGGAGCUGCAGGAUCAAGCAGUGUGCACCUAUCCCCGUGUCCAUGCACACCCUGUACCCAUCCCAGCACUCUCACCCAGCUGUACACACCCCUGCACCCAUCCUGGCACCCAUCCCUCACUCCCGCACACCCAGUGUGCAGCCAAAGCUGAAAAUGCAGCCGGGAAGGGCCGGUCUGGAAAAAUUCCUCAUUUCAGAAGAGCUCUGGAGGAAAUGUUUUAUGUGGUGAAAAUGUCCCAUCCAUGACAUUUGCAGCAGCAAGGCCACCAGGGGAGGGAAUGCUGCCCAGCAAGGGAUUCUCUCCGCAGGAAAUCACAAUUAAAAAGGCUAAAUAGAAGCAGAAACAAAAAGUUGUGGGAUGGGCUGAAUGAAACCCUCCUGCGCCCCAGGGCAAACCCAUCCGGGGCCGGCAGCCAGGGAGACGCGAGGAGAGGAUCCUGUCACCCCCUGCCCUGGGUACCCCCUGUCCCUGCGCAGCUCCAGAGCCCUGGGGGGACGCGGGGGCCGGGAGCGGGGCCAGCACAUGGCCAGGCACGGUGGGCAGCUGGCGGCGACACCAGGGGUCCCCGGGGAGCCGGCGGGGACUCGGAGAACAAUGAGGGAGCCCAGCAGCUGCUCGGCGCUGCGGAGGGGCUGUCACCACCCCCGCGCGGCAGGGGAGCUGUCCUUGGACAGGGCUGUGUCCCCAGGCCGGGCUGGCCUGUCUGCCAUCCGUCCCCACCCCAUCUGUGCCACCGUGUCCCCAGGGCUGUGCCCGACAGCCCCUGCCCCGCUUGUCCCGCGUCCCCUGCGUCACACCCAUGGCUGUGGGGAGCCCGUGAUUUCACGGUGAGCGAUGCCUGGCAGGGGGUGACAGUGGCCUUGGCAGAGGCUGUCGUGGUAAAGGGGUCCCCAGGGUCUCCCGCAGCGGGAGCGGUGCGGGGAAAAGGUGACUCGGCCGCAUUUCCAGCAUUAAAAUUUAAUGCGAGUUGCAGCAUCCUCCUGCGCCGUAGGUAGGGCCGGGGGGGCCGGGGGCUGCUGGAGGAGGAGUUUGCUCGGCCGCCUCUUCCUCGGGGAUGCUCUGGGAAGGCUCCAGCACAAAGGAGCGGCGCGGCGGGCAGGAGCGAGCGGAACCGGCGCCCCCCAGCCCCAGCCCGGCCCCCGGGAGCAGGUAACGCACCGCGGGCAUGGCUCCGCUCCCUGCGGACCGGGAUGGGGCGCCGGUGGGGUCUGGGGGCGCGGGGAGCCCCGGGGGCCGCCCCCACCUCUGGCGGGAGCGGGGGGCGAUGUCGCGCCGGGAUUCGGGGGGUCCUGCGGGCAUCGCUCCCGGAGGUGCGGAGCCGGAGGAUGCGGCCGCUCCCUCCUCUCCAUGCCCAAAAACCACCCUCCUUCUCAAUGUAUUAUUCCCUGGUUAUAAAUAACCCCACUAGAGGCCCCCCUCGGCAGGACCCCCUCCUUCCCCGGGGGGAGCAGGCAGGUUCCCUCCCUUUGUUCGGGCAGGAGCAGCCGCGCAUCCCGCAGCGUGUUCCCGGCCACAUCCCGGUGAUCCCGUCCUGGGCAGCCUGGCACCCACCCCGGACACUGCCUGCAGCCCCCCCCUCAAAUCAGAACUAACUGCUGCACCGCUUGUUUGUAUUUUUUUUUUUUUCCAGAAUCCUCAUCAAGAAUAGGGCUCCUGCCAGGUAAAUGGAUUCUUGCCUGAUUUUCAAUGCUCCUGGGAGGAUUUGUAGCCAAAAUGCUCGUUUACUGCUUUGUCUCGAAGCCCCCGUUUUCUCCUAAAGCUGAUGAUCCCAGGCGGGGUUAGAGGCGAGGCUGGGGCCGGCAGCCCCAGGCACAGCCCAGCCCUUCCUCCUCCUCAGCCUUAACCUGGCAGAUGCUCUUCUUGCGGAGCCAUUUUCUCUCCCUCAUUGUCUCGCAGCCUUUUGUGUGUGCGGGUUGGUCCUGCCCUGGGAGCCAGGAGGAGCCCAGAAAUAAUCAGAUUUUCAGGCGUUGUGGGCUUGCAAGGAGCCUUUCACCCCCCUUUUCUGCCGGGCUGCCCAGCCCCAGAGCUGCAGACAAAGGCAGCAGUGCCUGGCACCCCUGCAGCAGCACCGGAGCCUGGGCAGUGCCAGAGCCUGGGCUCUGCUGGAUGGCAGCAAGGCUCGGGCAGAGCUGGCAGGGCACAGGGCAGGGGUGUCUGCCCACCCUGCCGGGAUCUGGGGGGUCAGGGUGCAUGGAUGCCACAUCCCACAGACCAUCUCUCUGGGAUCUCUGGCCUGUUGUGCCCUCAUCUCCCUGCUCCUGCCCGCAGUGGAGCUUGUGCUCCUCUUCCUCCCUCUGUCCUCACUCGAGGAGGGGGUUUAGCCCCAUUUAAUUCGGGUGUCCAGCCCCCAGGGCCGCUGUAUGUGCCACCCACGAGUGUGGCAGAGGCAGCUCAAGCUCACGCCCAAGACGAGUGUUUAAGCCAGCCCUGUCUGCACAAAAUUGUUUUCCCUCCCUGUCCCCUGGGAUCUGCUUCAUUCCCAGGCCACAGAGGCCACCCUGCCCCAGCACAGGCACCUCCCUGUGCUCGGAUCCAGCCGGGGAUCCGUGUGCCAGAUGCUCGGUGCCAUUCCACAUUCCCGCAGCUGGGCUGCAAGCGCUGUCCCCAGGGCAGGGACUGUCCCGCCCGCAGCGCCGGCGGCUGUGGUGACAAUGAGCCCUGGGGAGCAGGAGCGGCUCCGCAGCUGAACUGCGGUGUCACCACGGCCCCGCUGCCCCGGGACCUGCUGCUGUCCUGGGCAGGGCAGGGCACAGACAUGGGCUGGCUGCUGGCACCGGCCACGUGUCCCCAAAUCCCCGAGGAGAUGGAGCAGCACCCUCUGCAGUGCGGCUGUGACCUCCAGUUGCCCCAGUUUAACCAGUGCCUGUGGAACCCAGGCUCCCAGAUUCAGCUUUACCCCACGGCAGGGGCAGAGGUGGCAGCAAAGUGGCAGUGGCUUUGGCAAUCAGUCCCUGCCUCCAGUGAGGUAGGGACAGUUUGGGGCAUUGCCACCACUUCUGGUUGGUGGUUCCAAUGCCCCCCUGUGCCUGGUUCAGCUCCUUCACCCUGCAAGGGGACAGGGGCAGGGAGGUGCGUGCCCAACCCUCCUGCCAGGCUCCUGGCUGGGCUGUGCCUCAGGAUGGUGCCCUGUUUGUCCCCCUUGCUGCGCUGGUUGUUUCUUUUGCAGCUGCUAAUGACUGACCUGAGGUCUGUUCACACAGUCCCCUCGCUGCCUCCAUGGCACAGAGCCACGUGGAACAGGGGACAUUGCACAGCACUCCCGUAGCUGGUGACCACAGUGCCACCACCCCAGGGGCACGGCCCAGCUCCUGCCCUGACCGUGCCCAGAGGGGAGCCGGGCCCAGGAGCUGCCAUCACACCAGAACAUGAUGCCAGAGCCGGGCUGGCCCCAGCAGAGCACCCUGGCACCCUCUGCCAUGGCGUGGAGCCACCAGCCCGGCCACUGCGGGGGACACGGCCCAGGAGCCUGCGGUGGUGACACCUGAGGACACGGGGCUGCGUGUGCACACGGCUCUCCUGCAAGGUGCUGGGCUGUCCUUGCCUCCCUCUGCUCCCCCCAGGCCUGUCCCCUUCCCUGAGCACGGAGUAGGAGGAGGGAGUGGGGGCAGAGCAGUGCCAGCUCCUCAAGGUGACACGAUGGCCAGAGCCCAAAGGGGCUGUGUGUGUCCCCACUGAUCCUGCCCUCCCUCUGGCUGAUGCUUGCUGAAACACCUGGUUUGUGGAGCACCCUGGAGCUUGGGGAGGAGCAAGGGCAGUGAAUCCUCCUGCUGUGGCCCCUGCAGUGGCCCUGUAAGCAGGUGGGACCUUGUCCUCACCACGCAGCCACUCGGGCCCUUGUCCCCACCCAGGCAGAAGGACGGGGGUGCAGUGGGCUGGGGACAGGCACAGCUCAUGGCAGGUGUUACAGCCUUGAAGUCCAAGAUGGAAAAGUGUCUCUUGGGGACCAGAGGAGCUCCUGCCAUGGGAGGAGGUGACCCAGAGGGACUCGGGGCAGAGGCUUUCCUGGGUGCCCCAUCCCAUCCCUGUUUCUUGGGGCACAGUGCUCCUGCAGCCCUUGGAGCAGUGCUCAGCCCCUUGGAGAGGCAGCUUCCAAAGGGGAUGGGAUAAGCUGUGGGUCACCUUUCCUCUGCUCCACGGUGGUUUUCCCUGCUGGAUCUCCUCCUCUCUGCACGUGCAGUGGGAGCUUGGUCAGUCCUGGAGCAGCUGCCGUGGUCUGUGCUGGAGCCUUGCCCCAGACACUGCCAGUGAUUCUUUCACCCUCUCCUCCUUUGCUUCUUCCAGCUCCUUCAGAGUCCUUUAGGCACUGCUGGGGCUGUGUCCUCCAUGCAUCCUGUCUCUCACCUUUCCCAGCACCAGGGGUGGGAAGUACAUGUGUACAUGUUGUGAGGGGCCUCGGGUACCUCCCUGGCAGGGAUCAGAGGGGCAGAUGCCUGCUGAGCAUCUCUUUCAGACAGGUUCUGUUACACCAGCUAAACCCUCCACUAACACCUCCCCAAAUGCCAAAGCCCAAAAACGCCUCCUGCUCUUGUGAGCCAGAGCCCUGCUGCUGCUGGGCCUGGCUCUGCAUGCUGCCAACAUUAACCUACUAACCUGCUGGGACCCCUGUGCCCUCCCCGGGGCUGCCACGGCCCCUGGCACACGGACUAACCCACUAACCAGCCCAGCGCAUGCCCUACUAACCCACAGCAGCCCUGCCUCCUGCCCACUAACCACGGCAGCAGCACUGCCUUUAAAGGGGAACAGAAAAGCUGGAAAAAGGCUUUGGAAGUGCCAGGUGUCAGUGCCAGGCUGCACAGGCAGGGGUAGGCAGGGACAGGCAGAGAGAGAGAGGGCUGGCUGCCCAGCACUGGGCGGGAGUGGUGUUGGGCAGCUCCUGCCCCUGCAGGCAGCUCCUGUCCAGGGCAGGAGAGGGAAAUGCUGGUCCCUGGGCAGGAGAGGGGACAGUAGUCUCUGCUCUGGGCAGGAGAGGGGACAGCAGCCCCUGCCUCGGGGGCACGAGGAGAGGGUUUCUCCCCACACGCCCUGCCCAGCUCUGCCUGUGGAGCCUGUUGCUGACUAGGAGCCUAAAACGGUUUUAUCAGCAGAAGCUUUUCAGUUCCUUUUUAAGCCAGUAGAUCUCUGUUACUAACACAUUCCUGAACUGAAUUAAACAAACUAACCAUUGCUGCUUUUCUCUUCAUUUCUCUUGCAGUGUGUGUGUCCUCUAAGGCAGACCAGUGCCCUGCUUCUGUUACUAACCUGUACUUUGUUCCCACUGUACUAAUCCUCCCUGUUUCUCUCUUGCUACUAACAACUCUCUUUGCACUUUGCCUCUCGGGUGCUGUUUGCCAUGACAAGUGACAGUGGCUCCUCCUGGACUUACUCACCUGCAGCACUCCAUUUUCCGUGCUGCUGAGCAUCCCUGGCUCCCGUUGGGUACCGUGGGAAAGAAGAUGCUCAGCCUGGGGCACUUUGAAUUUUUCCCUCUUGGCCCGUUUUCCAACAAAUUUCACGUGGCACAAUGAGGAAAAGAGGCUGAGUGGCAACAGGACAGCACAAACCCAUUAAUAAUGACUGGAAGUGGCUGUAGAGACCCAGCAAACCCAGUUUGCAGAGACAUUCAGCCACAGAGCAAAGCCAUUGCCGUGAGCCUGAGCUCGGGGCUCUCCUGAGGCCCCAGGUCACCUGUCAUGGGCAAUGUUCUCGUGCUGCUCCCAGCGUUGGUGCUCCUGGGCUCCUCUCUUCACCCCCUGUGUCUCUCCACAGUUUCUCUUGUGCCUGGUGCAUGUGGAAGCCGCUGCUGGCAGCGUGAGACUAACUCAGCUCUGUGUCACUGCAGGGUCCCCUGGCGCCAGCCAAGGACUGGGGUGGGUGUCACAGGGGCUCUGCCAUCAGGUGAUGGGGGCACGGCCUGGCCUUUGCUUUGUGCCCAUCUGUCAGCCAGAUGAACACCCCCAGCCUCUGCAGGACCCUGCCAGGGUGAAGGAUCCAGGCCCUGGGUGGCUUUGGCACGUGGCAGGACAAUGACAGCGUUCAGGGGGACAGAGCCACGCCCUGUGUGCCAGCAGAGGGUGGUGGUGGCCCUGUGCUGCUGGCUCAUGGGGACAUCCCAGACUGUGGCUGUUGGGGGUCACAGCAGCUCUGUCAGGGGGGGCAGAUCCAACAGGGCCCAGCUUGGCACUCUUGGCUUGGCCUGUGCUCUCUGCUCCCAUAGCCAGAGCACCCGCUGUCACUGGCUGAUGUCACUGUCACCCACGGCAGCUCUCCUGCCUGCACUGGGAGCAGAGCCAGAGGGGUCUCCUGAGUGGCCCCGUGACACUGCCACCUCCCCUGGGUGGCCCCGUGACACUGCCACCUCCCCUGCUAGGUGCCAAGCCCAGCCUGCUCCUUUAGCUGGGGGGUCUCUCUCAGGAUGAUGGGGGUCCCCUCCCCACCCGGCUCCGUGUCUGUCCAACCUCCACCUUGUCCCACUAAUCCCCCAAGGGCCCUUCCCUUGCACAGCUGCCACCGGGAUGGGUUUUAGGGCUGAUGCUCCUGGGUUUGAUGGAAGGCAGAGCCAGGGCAGAGUGGGGAGCACAGGGGCAGGAAUGGGACAGGAAUGGGACAGGAAUGGGACAGGUCAGGCCCAGGGUGGGCAGGUUCAGGGCUCCUACACAGAACAGGAGCACCACCAGCUCUGGGCUGGAGCUGUCAGAGCCCACCUCUGUGAAGGACCCUCCUCCCCACCCCACAGACCCCCCCUUCUGCUCCAGAGCAGCCUCCCUGCCCCCAGGGGGACCUCCCCAGGCUGGUCCCCCAGGGGAGCCGUGGGACCACCAGUCAGCUCGAUGGCAGAGGAUGCAGCUGGCAGGUGUCACCCUGCACAGUGGGGACAGGCCACCAGUGCCCGUGGGUGGCUGCUCCCCGCUCAGAGCAGGGCAGGAGCGCAGAGAGGCUGCACCAAACAGCCAGGUCACUCCUUUGCUCUGCUCCUGCACUUCAGGGCUGCCUGGCCCUACUCCCCAGUCCCCGCGGCUGGCAGGAGUUGAUCCCUUUGUCUGUCUGUCUGUCCAUCCCUCUCUGCUGGUGUCCCCAGAGCUGCCUGGAGAGGGGCAGGAGGUGCAGACCCCCUUUCAGCUGUGCUGGUGGACGUGUGGCCAGGGCACGCCAGCAGUGACACGGGCAGAGGUGCAGCCCUGGGGACACUGUCCUGCCCAGGGCGCUCCAAGCUGGUCAGGGCUGCCCCUGCUCUGCGGGCACAGCCACCAGCCGGGAGUCCCCUGAGCCACCACAGCCCCCAGGACGUCCCCACAGCCCCGAGGAUGUCCCCACAGCCCCGAGGACGUCCCCACAGCCCCGAGGAUGUCCCCACAGCCCCGAGGAUGUCCCCACAGCCCCCAGGACGUCCCCACAGCCCCGAGGAUGUCCCCACAGCCCCGAGGAUGUCCCCACAACCUGUAAAGUCUACUGUGAACAUGGCAAGUGUGCAACCA